AUGGAUCUGACGAAGAUGGGCAUGAUCCAGCUGCAGAACCCCAGCCACCCCUCGGGGCUCCUGUGCAAGGCCAACCAGAUGCGGCUGGCCGGGACGCUGUGCGACGUAGUCAUCAUGGUGGACAGCCAGGAGUUCCACGCCCACCGGACUGUGCUGGCCUGCACCAGCAAGAUGUUUGAGAUCCUCUUCCACCGCAACAGCCAGCACUACACGCUGGACUUCCUCUCGCCAAAGACUUUCCAGCAGAUCCUGGAGUACGCCUACACGGCCACGCUGCAGGCCAAGGCGGAGGACCUGGAUGACCUGCUGUACGCCGCCGAGAUCUUGGAAAUCGAGUACCUGGAGGAGCAGUGCCUGAAGAUCCUGGAGACCAUCCAGGCCACCGACGACAAUGACACGGAGGCCACCAUGGUGGACGGCGGGGUGGAGGAAGAGGAGGACCGCAAGGCCCGUUACCUCAAGAACAUCUUCAUCUCGAAGCAUUCCAGCGAGGAGAGCGGGUACGCCGGCGUGGCUGCGCAGAGCCUCCCCGGGCCCAUGGCGGACCAGAGCCCAUCCAUGUCCACCUCGUUCGGUCUCUCCGCCAUGAGUCCCACCAAGGCCGCCGUGGACAGUUUGAUGACCAUUGGACAGUCUCUCCUGCAGGGAACCCUUCAGCCCCCCGCAGGGCCCGACGAGCCUGCUCUGGCCGGGGCUGGGCGGCUCCCUGGGGUAGCGGAGGUGAAGACGGAGAUGAUGCAGGUGGAUGAGGUGCCCGGCCAGGACAGCCCUGGGACAGCCGAGUCCAGCAUUUCAGGUGGGUUGGGGGACAAGGUUGAGGAAAGGGGCAAGGAGGGGCCCGGGACCCCAACUCGGAGCAGUGUCAUCACCAGUGCGAGGGAGCUGCACUACGGGCGCGAGGAGAGUGCCGAGCCGCUGCCCACCCCCUCGGAGGCCGGCCAGGGCCCUCCCGGCCGACAGGAACACCUGGCGCCCAUGGCGGAGAAACAUCUGGGCGUCUACUCCGUGCUGCCCAACCACAAGGCCGACUCCGUGCUGAGCAUGCCGUCGUCGGUGUCCUCGGGGCUGCACGUGCAGGUGCAGCCCGCCCUGGCCGUGUCCAUGGACUUCAGCACCUACGGGAGCCUGCUGCCGCAGGGCUUCAUCCAGAGGGAGCUGUUCAGCAAGCUGGGCGAGUUGGCCGUGGGCAUGAAGGCGGAGAGCCGGACCCUCGGGGAGCCGUGCAGCGUGUGCGGGGUGGAUCUUCCCGACAACGAGGCUGUGGAGCAGCACAGGAAGCUGCACAGCGGGAUGAAGACGUACGGGUGCGAGCUUUGCGGAAAGCGGUUCCUGGACAGUCUGCGGCUGAGAAUGCACUUGCUGGCUCACUCAGCGGGCGCCAAAGCCUUCGUCUGCGAUCAGUGCGGUGCCCAGUUCUCGAAGGAGGACGCCCUGGAGACACACAGACAGACCCAUACAGGCACGGACAUGGCCGUCUUCUGUCUGCUGUGCGGGAAGCGUUUCCAGGCGCAGAGCGCCCUCCAGCAGCACAUGGAGGUCCAUGCGGGCGUGCGCAGCUACAUCUGCAGCGAGUGCAACCGCACCUUCCCCAGCCACACCGCCCUCAAGCGCCACCUGCGCUCGCACACAGGCGACCACCCGUACGAGUGUGAGUUCUGUGGCAGCUGCUUCCGGGACGAGAGCACACUCAAAAGCCACAAGCGCAUCCACACGGGCGAGAAGCCCUACGAGUGCAAUGGCUGCGGCAAGAAGUUCAGCCUCAAGCACCAGCUGGAGACGCACUACAGGGUGCACACAGGGGAGAAGCCCUUCGAGUGCAAGCUGUGCCACCAGCGCUCCCGGGACUACUCGGCCAUGAUCAAGCACCUGCGGACGCACAACGGCGCCUCCCCCUACCAGUGCACCAUCUGCACCGAGUACUGCCCCAGCCUGUCCUCCAUGCAGAAGCACAUGAAGGGCCACAAGCCUGAGGAGAUCCCGCCCGACUGGAGGAUAGAGAAGACCUACCUGUACCUGUGCUACGUGUGA